AUGAUGGAGUGGGCGAGCCUGGCUCUAGGGGUUGGGGUGGCCUUGUUUGCCCUGGUGGAUGUCUGGUACCUGCUGAGGAUGCCCCUGACCAUGCUCUACGCCAGGUGCUUCCUGCCCACCGUCUGGGACCUGCUGGAGGAGCAGGAGUGCCGCGGCCUGGUGCUCCUUUCGGACCUGGAUUGCUUGCUGCACAUGAACAACGGCCGCUACCUCCGGGAGGCCGACAUGGCGCGGGUCAUGCACCUGACCCGCUGCGGGCUCUUCCGGGCCGUGCGGGCCCUGGGGGGCCACACCGUGCUGGCGGCCUCCUGCUGCCGCUACCGGCGCUCCCUGCGCUUCCUGGAGCGCUUCGUGGUCCACACCCGCCUGCUGGGCUGGGACGCGCGGGCCUUCUACCUGGAGCAGCGCUUCGUCAGCGCCCGCGACGGCUUCGUCUGCGCCGUGGUGCUGGCCCGGCAGCACGUGGUGGGGGCCAGCCCGGACAAGGCCGUGUCGUGUCUGUGCCGGAGAAAG